AUGGGCACCAUUUGGAGAACAGAACCUUUACCACCUCAUCUGUUUGACGAUAUGGCGUCGAGUUCAAACCGGAAGCCCCAGAUCUUUGUCCACUUCGAAUUUGGGGUCUCAUUCUCACCUCGACAUGCACCCAACCAGCACUCCGUCACAUACGCCACUCGUGGUUUCCGUGAUCGCGCUCAAUUUCCCAGACAAGUUCCACCAACCAAUACAAAUUAUCUAGCAGAGCCCUCACACUCAGUCCAUCAACAACAACAUCAACCCACACGAUCUUCGCCACCCAUCCAAGAAUACUACGCACCCCAAGCGCAACCAUCAAUGCCGCCACACUACGAAGUCAGCAGACAAUCUCGUCAAGAGAGUCGAUCGAGCUCCUCACAUGAACGAGGUAGCUCAGCCCCGCCGCCAUGGAACGAUAGCCCCUGGGAUGCCGAACCAGAUGCUCUAGGAAGCUCAGCGCUCCCACGCCAACGACCACGGCCCCAGAACACCCCCGAUUACUGGAAAGCGUUGCCCGAAGUCCCGUCACGUUUCCGACUUGGCGAGGACGAGAUGCCGUGGUCAGCCUCAUCCUGGCCAGGCGAGUUCGGCAUGCCCGACGAGUCCGAGGUGAACGACUACUCUUCCGAGCUGUCCAUGAAGUUCCGCGACGUCUCCCUCACCAACGCCACCCCGGUGGCCCACGAGAGAGGGGACGACGGGCGGAGACAUGACCUGGAGGCGCUCUCCGCGGCAAUGGUUACCGUCGACAACGGCUUCGAGAACCAGUGGUGGUACCAGGGCGAGCGACAGCAGAUCAAUGCACCGGGGGUGGUGGCUGGCGACUUACACACGACGACGGCGACCACCGCGGCGGCGGCGCUGGCGAGCACGACGGCGACUGCUGAGGCGGUGGUGCCUCCUCCUCAGACCCCUGUGUACCACCAGCAGCUCGGAAGCUAUGACACGAGGGAAUCGAUGGGGUGGGUAACUGCCCAGGGCGGGGAUUCCCACGCGAGCAUGAUGAGUGCUACGAUUUACAACCCGAGUGUCUUGGUAUCACCCAUGUCGGAGUACGCGAGCCCCCGCCUUCACCGGUCGAUGACUACGAGGUCUGAGGAGCUCUUCUUUUACAGCUAA